UGGAGGUCCCUCUGUUGUUAUCACAUAGAACAUAGAACAAUUACAGCACAAUUCAGGCCCUUCGGCCCACAAAGCUGUGCCGAACAUGUCCCUAACCUAGAAAUGACUAGGCUUACCCAUAGCCCUCUAUUUUACUCAGCUCCAUAUACCGAUCUAACAGUCUCUUGAAAGACCCUAUCGUAUCAGCCUCCACCACCAUUUCCGGCAGCCCAUUCCACACACUCACCACUCUCUGAGUAAACUCUUACCCCUGACAUCUCCUCUAUAUCUACUCCCCAGCACCUUAAACCUAUGUCCUCUUGUGGCCACCAAUUCAGCCCUGGGGAAAAGCCUCUGACUAUCUACCCUAUCAAUACCUCUCAUCAUCUUAUACACCUCUAUCAGGUCCCCCCUCAUCCUCCGUCUCUCCAAGGAGAAAAGGCCGAGUUCCCUCAACCUGCUUUCAUAAGGCAUGCUCCGCAUCCCAGGCAGCAUCCUUGUAGAUCUCCUCUGCACCCUCUCUAUGGCUUCCACAUCUUUCCUGUAGUGAGGCAACCAGAACUGAACACAGUACUCCAAGUGGGGUCUGACCAGGGUCCUAUAUAGCUGCAACAAUACCUCCCGGCUCCUAAAUUCAAUUCCCCGAUUGAUGAAGGAAAAUACACCAUAUGCCUUCUUAACCACAGAGUCAACCUGCACCGCCACUUUGAGUGUCCUAUGGACUCGGACCCCAAGAUCCCUCUGAUCCUCCACACUGCCAAGAGUCCUACCAUUAAGACUGUAUUCCGCCAACAUAUUUGACCUACCAAAAUGAACCACUUCACACUUAUCUGGGUUGAACUGCAUCUGCCACUUCACAGCCCAACUCUGCAUCCUAUCUAUAUCCCUCUGUAACCUCUGACAGCCCUCCAAACUAUCCACAACACCCCCAACCUCUGUGUCAUCCGCAAUGUCGGACUUGUUCUGCUUUCUCGAAGAUGGUUAUGAUUACGGUAUCUCAGGAGGUUCGCUGGUACAUCCUCCUCUACCCAGAUGUGCGUGACCAAGCUGUGGACUUGUAAUUCAAGCUCCUCAUUGCUGCGUUUGGAAUAGUAAUAAUACCUCAGUAAACUGAAAAUGUACUUUCUACCUCCUCGAUUAGCGGCUAUUGUAUUUUGCUACUCACUAAUAAUUUAUUAAUUUGCAUAUGUUUUCUUAUUUAUGCAACAGAAGUGCAAAAAUCUUAUGUGAGAUGUGUGAUUGGAUAUAAAUAACAGCUGCAUGGCCCUAACAUUUACAGAGAGAUGACCCAAUCCCUGAUGCUGGAAUCCUCACCAGGUUUUGCCAUGUGCUUCGAUCGCUCCCAGUUCUGGCUGUCCUGUGGUAUUUCCUGCCACGGGCUCACAGACAGCUGUAAGGCUUUGAGAUGUUAAUACUUGUAGGCAGCUUGUGCACUUGGUCUCUUCCAAACAAACUCUCUCUCUCUAGCGACCUGUUCCCCAGUUUCUGUGUUUUUCUUUGCUCCGUUGAUCUCGGGACGGAGAGAAGGGGGCGCUCCCGCAGCAACAGGAACUGGAGCCGAGGAAGGGAGAAAGUGGAGAGUGAGGGGGAGGGGUUUUCCAGCCACCCUUUCUUGAGGAGUCUGAGGCGUUCUCCCGGCAGCGGCUGAACUGAGCUUUCGUCCACCCACCGGCCCCUCUCUGACUUUUGGCCGACAACAUGGUUGUUGAUCCGUGCGUGAAACGGGUCUCUUGGGACUUCCCGGUGUCCGAGGGUCAUCCUAAAAGAACUGGGAUUUAAAGCGGAGUUUGUAGCCGGCUGCAGCGUUGCACGUUGAUCUGUGAGAUGCCUUCCAUGUUACAGGAGAAAACACAUGCCAUGAUGGAGGACCAAGUGUUGCGGCGCAGGUUUUCUCUCUGCACUGGAUUGGCAACACCACAGAAAAUUGACCCUCGUGAGUUCACCCGAAACUCUUCUUUUGGAGGAUACAAUGAAAUAUGUCCUUUGACUCCAGGUAAUGAAAUAGAAAAAAAUGGAUUUUCAGCUCUUACCUAUGAGGUCACUUCAACACCCAUCUCCAGUAGUAAGUCUGAUUCCAAACUAUACAAUGGCUGCGACAAAGACUGUGUAUCUCCCAUCUCUAAACUCACGAAGAAAGAAUCCUUGAAGGUUCAGAAGAAAAAUUACAGACAGGAGAAGAAAAGAGCUAGUAAGGAGAUGUUCAGUGCUUUAAAAGACCCCUCUGUGGUGGUGAUGGAGGAUUGGUUGAAGAUCCGAGGUACUCUAAAGAGCUGGACCAAACUCUGGUGCGUGCUCAAACCUGGCGUUCUGCUAAUUUACAAAACACCCAGCAAUGGCCAGUGGGUGGGAACCAUCCUUCUGAACACCUGUGAGCUCAUCGAAAGACCCUCCAAAAAGGAUGGCUUCUGCUUCAAACUAUUCCAUCCUCUGGAUCAAUCCAUUUGGGCAAUGAAGGGUCCAAAAGGUGAGAAUGUGGGAUCGAUAACACAGCCUCUUCCCAGUAGUUACCUGAUCUUCCGAGCUGCCUCUGAGUCAGAUGGUCGAUGUUGGAUGGAUGCUCUUGAAUUAGCUCUACGAUGUUCAAGUCUUCUUAAACGUGGCACAAUUAAAGAUGGCAAGGAUGGUGAUUUGAACAACUCAAUGGAUGCAACUCACCCAGGACUACCUGGUCUGAUACAAGGCUUCAGUCCCACUCAUCAGGAGCUCUCCCACGAUGUCGAGUUUGUAAACCAUGAUUACUACAAAGAAGCUGAUAUAUACUCCUACAAAAUGAACCAAGAGAAUGAUUCUCAUCUUGAAGAUCUAGAGAAUGGCACAAAUGACAAGAGCAGCAGGAGUGAGGAAAGUGACACAGAUCUGUCUGAAAUCCAGGAAGAAAUGGCCAUGAAAGAUUUUUUGGAAUCAACUUAUGUGGCAGAAAGUUCAGAGGAGUUUGGAGAAAUUGGUGAAACUACUCAGACUGAAACAGUGACAGAGGAAAACAAGAGUCUGAUGUGGACACUAUUGAAGCAGCUCCGACCUGGAAUGGACUUAUCCCGAGUGGUGCUGCCAACUUUUAUCCUGGAGCCUCGCUCAUUUCUGGACAAGUUGUCUGACUACUACUAUCAUUCUGAUCUCCUCUCCCAAGCUGCUCUGGAAGAGAAUGCCUACAGUCGCAUGAAACAGGUGGUGCGAUGGUAUCUAUCUGGCUUUUACAAAAAACCAAAGGGUUUGAAAAAACCAUAUAAUCCAAUCUUGGGAGAAACAUUUCGUUGCUACUGGUACCAUCCUAAAACUGACAGCCGUACCUUCUACAUAGCAGAGCAGGUAUCCCAUCAUCCUCCGGUUUCUGCCUUUUACAUUAGUAACAGGAAGGACAAUUUCUGUAUCACUGGUUCUAUCCUGGCCCGCUCCAAGUUUUAUGGGAACUCACUUUCUGCCAUAUUGGAUGGGCAAGCACAACUUCGGUUUCUCAAUAGAAAUGAAGACUAUAUCGUCACCAUGCCAUAUGCACACUGUAAAGGACUCUUGUAUGGAACACCGACCCUGGAAAUGGGGGGGAAGAUAACCAUCGAGUGUGAGACAACCAAUUACAAGGCAGAGCUCGAGUUCAAACUGAAGCCUUUCCUUGGAAGCAAUGACAGUGUGAAUCAGAUCACAGGGAAGAUAUCACUGGGUGAGGAAAUACAGGCCACACUUCAAGGGCACUGGGAUCAGGAGGUUUAUAUCCAGGAGAAAAAAACUGGACUAUCUGUUACAUUCUGGAAUGUCACCAGUGAGAUUCGGAAACAACGUCUAGUACGUCAUAUUGUGUGGUUGGAGGAGCAGGGUGAAUUUGAAUCUGAAAGACUGUGGCAGAAAGUGACCAGAGCAAUAAAGAGUCGUGAUCAGGAACAGGCCACACAGGAGAAGUUUAUUCUGGAGGAAGCACAGCGCAAGGCUGCCAAAGAGCGUAAAGAACAAUGUCAGGAUUGGGUGGCAAAACUCUUCCAGCAGGAUGAAGCAACAAAGAACUGGAAAUACAAGUUCAUGGAUACCUGUCCCUGGGAUCCAACAAACGACAUCAUCCAGUUUGAGAAAGAUGGAAUUGUGCAGACAAGGAUCCGACACAAAUCACUGGCAGUGAAGUCAAUGAAUAGCAACAGCAGCCGAAGUCAAAUAAGGCAACAGGUCCCAGUUCAAGAAUAUGUUGGGUGCAAAAACAGUGAUCUUCCAGUACCUAACAGAUUGCAGAACACUGAGAGUAGUUGUUCAACACCGGAACCAGUACAAGAUGACUCAUCUGAUGACAGGUUGCUGUGUCCCAGGUGCAGAAAAGGAAUGAAUGAGCUAACAAAUAUUCACACAGCUAUUCAAUCCAUUCGGAGAACACAGCAAGAAAUUCACAGGAAUCUCGCUGCACUUAACCAGCAAGCCUGCCACAAAGAGUACAUCUCGUGGACCAGGCUCCUGUACCCACACUACUGGCUCGUUAUCUGUGUACUUGUAUCAUUCCAAUUACUCAUCAAUUAUUUUUAUGGGUGAGCAGCAAUCACUUUGAAAUGUUUGCAGACGACAAACAAGAUCCUAUUGGGGAAGAAAGCAGAAUUUCCAUGGCAUUACGUGGGCUACCAAGGCACCCUUCAGCCAAUUUCCAAGGAGAGAGAUGCUAGGAAAAAAAACCUGAAUAUUUGAAUAUCUUCCAGUUAAAUCUUGUUUUGAGUGGGGCCAUAUCUACGGAUAUUUUUUCUGCACACCCCAUCUCCAAGGACAACCAACCCCAAGUAGGCCUUAAUGCUGAAGCCAAAUAAGACUUUCCAAAUGUGCAACCUUUUCCUUCCUCUUUUCAUCUUUCUAAUACAAAGCAAUUUAGAAUCCUGCUUCCCAAAAGUAUUUAUAAACUGUAGAUGGUAAUAUUUGUGGUGUUCAGUUUGUAUAUUGUUCUAAAUAUAAAUUUUGACACUCUGCCGCACUCAUGGAUGUCUCCUUCAGUCUGCUCUACCUCUAGGGCAGUCUCUAUUUAAAAUAGCAAUGUACAAGAUCUGUUGCACCCUUUUGUGAACCUUGCCCUAAAUAGGACCAAGUUAAAAUGUCCCUGAGCAUAACACUGCAGAGUAUUGUAGGUUGAAACAGGAAUGCCUCCAGGAUGGCAAGAACCUGUAGUCAUGAACUGCCAGUUUGCUCCAUGUCUGCAAUAAAAUUUCACAUCUAUGACAUUCUAUGAAUGAAAUGUACAAUAUGUGUAAACACGCAGAUAAAUAAAAACAUUUUUUUAAAUC